AUGUUCCGCUCAGUACGACGAUUGCCUCGACGCGUUCCCGUUCUGUCCACUGUUUCUGCGCGUUCGUUGCGGCCAUUCACAAGCGGUUAUACUCGGAUGAUGCCUGUGCAGCUCCCCGUAUCCACCACACUGCCCUCAGACGCAUACCAGCUGCUGUCCACACAAGAUAAAGCAGGGGAAGCCGAAGAUGCACUCUAUGAUCAACAGAUUCGCGAUGUGGAAUCAUGGUGGAAUUCGCCUCGCUACGAAGGCAUCAAGCGCCCUUAUACGGCCGCGGAUGUUGUGAGCAAGCGGGGUUCUUUACAACAGACUUACCCUAGCUCUCUGAUGGCUCGAAAGCUUUUUAAUCUUCUCAAUGAGCGAGCGGCUGCUGGUCAGCCCGUUCAUACUAUGGGAGCUAUCGACCCCGUUCAAAUGACGCAGCAAGCUCCCAACCAAGAGAUUCUGUAUGUCUCCGGUUGGGCUUGCUCUUCACUCUUGACAAGUACAAAUGAAGUAUCUCCUGAUUUCGGCGAUUAUCCCUACAAUACCGUCCCGAAUCAGGUCCAGCGUUUGUUCAAGGCCCAGUCCAUGCACGACCGGAAACAAUGGGACGCCAGGCGAAAGAUGACCCCGGAUCAGCGAAAGGCUACACCUUACACCGAUUAUAUGCGCCCAAUUGUUGCGGAUGGUGAUACCGGCCAUGGUGGUUUGUCGGCCGUUCUAAAACUCGCCAAGCUAUUUGCAGAGAAUGGUGCCGCGGCCGUUCAUUUCGAGGAUCAGUUGCAUGGCGGAAAGAAGUGCGGUCAUCUUGCCGGAAAGGUCCUCGUUCCAAUGGGGGAACACAUCAACCGACUGGUCGCAGCUCGAUUCCAGUGGGAUAUGAUGGGAUGUGAGAAUCUGGUCAUUGCCCGAACAGAUUCUGAGAGUGGCCGACUCAUCAGCAGCGCCAUUGAUGUGCGUGAUCAUGAGUUCAUCCUUGGUAUCACUGAAGAUGUGGAGCCUCUGGCCGAGACCCUCCAAGCUAUGGAACGAGAGGGCGCCUCGCCCAAAGAAAUCGACGCAUUCGAGCUUGAAUGGGUCAAGAGGCACAAGCUUGUUACACUCGACGAAGCUGUCGAUGCUCACCUUGAGUCGGAGGGCGCUCCCCAGUCUUCUCGGGAUGCGUACAAGGCCUAUGUCAAGAAGAAUCCCGAUCUUUCUUUCUCCCGCCGCCGUGCUCUCGCGAACGACUACAGCAAAACACCUGUUGUGUGGUCAUGUGAUAGCCCGCGCACUCGCGAGGGUUUCUACCACUACUCCGCAGGAUUCCCUGCUGCGACCAAGCGCGCCAAGGAAUUUGCUCCUUACGCAGAUCUUCUCUGGGUUGAGACUGGUGACCCAAAUGUCGAGAAGGCCGGAACACUGGCCGGCGAAGUGCGGGCGGCGUAUCCAGGCAAGAAGCUUGUCUACAACCUCAGUCCUUCAUUCAACUGGAUGGGACAAGGAUUUGAUGAGGCUUCUCUCAAGUCGUUUAUUUGGGAUAUCGCCAAGCAAGGAUUUGUCUUGCAACUCAUUUCCUUGGCUGGUCUGCACAGCAAUGCCACUAUCACGACCGAACUUUCCCGUGCCUUUAAGGAUGAAGGUAUGCUGGCCUAUGUUCGUCUUGUCCAGGCCCGCGAAAAGGAUCUUGGUGUCGAUGUUCUCACUCACCAGAAGUGGAGUGGCGCGCCGUAUAUGGACGGCAUCAUGGGUGCUAUCCAGAGUGGAAGCAGCAGCAGCAAGAGCAUGGGUGAAGGUAACACCGAAAAGGGUUUCUAA